AUGGGAAUGUUCCGAUUUGCUGAUUUCAAGGAUGGAAAGAGCUCAGCUUGUGAGCUGGUCGCGUCCAUCGUUUUCAUCAGCUUUGGUGUCAUCGCUGCCUUCUGCUGUGCCAUUGUGGAUGGGGUCUUUGCCGCCAGACACAUAGAUCUUAGGCCACUCUAUGCAGGACGGUGCCACUACUAUUCGAAAAAUAUGGCUUCACCAGAGGCCAUCUGCCAGUCCCAGUACUGGAGCGCCUGCAUGCCGAAGAUCAAAACCAACACCUGUUUCUGCUGUGACCUGUACAACUGUGGAAGAGUGGAGAUUUCUGGCGGCUAUUACGAGUACAUUGACGUCAGCAGCUGCCAAGACAUCAUCCACCUCUACCAUUUGCUCUGGUCGGCGACCAUCUUGAACAUCAUCGGCUUGUUCCUGGGGAUCAUCACCGCGGCUAUUUUGGGCGGAUUUAAAGACAUGAUUCCUUCACUCCCAGCCCUCAAUUGUACCGUUGAAAGCCCACGGCCUGCCGUGUCCUAUUACUCAAGACCCCAGGUGACAUCCUACAAUGCAUGUUAUCACAGCACCCCACACCUGCCGCCGUAUUCAGCAUACGACUUCCAGCAUUCCAGUGUUUUCCCGGCCUCCACACCCUCGGGCCUCUCGGAGGAGCCGCCGUCAUUAUCGCCAUCGCCGAGUUACGUGUGGUCCCCCACCGCGCCUCCCCGUUACUCGCCGCCCUACUUUCCGCCUUUUGAAAAGCCACCGCCAUAUACACCGUAGACGGGGGGAAAGAUGGGGCCCCACUGCUGCUGGAACUCAUGGCCAUCGAUCCUUUUUUACUAGGAGGUGGCAGAGAGGAGAGAGAAUACAUCAUCCUAUAGCAAACAUCAGUAGGUAAAGCAGAAUCUUGAAGCGUCUUCUUUGCACAGCCCUGGAUUUAAGCCAGGUUGGUGGACACAAUCCACGGUUCAGUGGAUCUGACUCACAGGUGUCCCUGCCUCCCCCCACGGGCACCCACCCAGGGGCAACACCCUGGGCUUCCCUGCCUUGCCCCCUCCAUUAAGUGGGUGCCC